AGGCGCGCGCUCCUGCAGCUGCUCCCUUUAUUCCUGUCCUGUCCACGAGCGCCUGCGGAGCCGUGCGGUCCAGUCCAGUCCACAGCGCAAGACGGUCUGCUCCCCCACAGAACGAGACCCGCACAGAACCCGCUGCUAGAGCUGCUGAGAGAGCCCACGAGGAACCAUGGAGGCCAUCAAGAAGAAGAUGCAGAUGCUGAAGCUGGAUAAGGAGAACGCCAUCGACCGCGCGGAGCAGGCGGAGGUGGACAAGAAGGGAGCAGAGGACAAGUGCAAGCAGCUAGAGGAGGAGCUGCUGGGCCUGCAGAAGAAGCUCAAAGGAGUUGAAGAUGAGCUGGACAAAUACUCCGAGUCUCUGAAGGAUGCCCAGGAGAAGCUGGAGCAAGCGGAGAAAAAAGCAACAGACGCUGAGGCUGAGGUGGCGUCCCUGAACAGGCGCAUCCAGCUGGUAGAGGAGGAGCUGGACCGAGCCCAGGAGAGACUGGCCACCGCUCUGCAGAAGCUGGAGGAGGCGGAAAAAGCUGCUGAUGAAAGCGAGAGAGGGAUGAAGGUGAUAGAAAACAGAGCAACAAAAGAUGAGGAGAAGAUGGAGAUCCAGGAGAUGCAGCUGAAGGAGGCCAAACACAUCGCAGAGGAAGCUGACCGCAAAUAUGAGGAGGUCGCACGCAAACUGGUGAUUCUGGAGGGAGAUCUGGAGCGCUCAGAGGAGAGGGCAGAGGUGGCCGAGGCGCGGGGCAGAGAGCUCGAGGAGGAGCUCAGACUAAUGGACCAGAAUUUGAAGUUGAUGAUGUGCGGCGAGGAAGAGUAUUCCCAAAAGGAGGACAAAUUUGAGGAGGAAAUUAAAGUUCUCACUGAAAAAUUGAAGGAGGCUGAGACCCGUGCAGAGUUUGCAGAACGAUCUGUGGCCAAGUUGGAAAAGACCAUUGAUGAUCUGGAAGAGAAUUUGGCUCACGCCAAAGAAGAGAACCUGGAGAUGCAUCAGGUGUUGGACCAAACCCUGCUGGAGCUCAACAACCUGUAGAGACCACCAGGUGAAAACAGCCCUAAAGAUAAGGGAGAACCAGAAGAAAAAAUAGUUAAAGCAUCCAAAGUGUUUUUUUAAAGGAAACAUCCUUGCAUUUAUCAGUCUGUCAGUCAGAGUUCUUCUGCUUCUGUGGCCACCUCUGUGACAGACGGUGGAGUUUUUGAAGUGUCUUCCAGCAGAUGUUGCACAGCUAAUGUAGUAUUGUAGCCUAUCCAUCCAUAAAGUCAUAAGAUCACCAAUGACUCCUGAUCUCCAAUCCAUUUGGACUGUUGUUCAAUAAAAUAGGAAACUAUUGGGGAAAUAGAGGAUUUAGGAUAGAAGUUGACCAAACAAACCUGAACAAAUUCUUCAUGAAAUGUGGAUAUUGUUCCAUUCUUUCUACUGAUGAAAUCCAGAAUAUUGAAGUCAUGAGAACAGUUUCUGUAACAAAGACUAAAAAAAUAAAUGCUGUUAAAGUGA